AUGGAGCAAAGAAAAGGCCUUAGAUUGUUACUUUUCCCUUUGCCACUUCAAGGACACAUAAACCCUAUGCUUCAGCUUGCACACAUCCUUCACUCAAAUGGUUUUUCCAUUACCAUUAUCCACACAAGUUUCAACUCCCCUAACCCUUCAAACUACCCCAACUUCAACUUCUGUUGUAUUCAAGAUGGUUUGUCGAAAAGCGAAUCCUCUGCUUCGGAUCUCUUAAAUUUUGUCAUUCGACUCAAUGUUAGAUGUGUAACGGUUUUCAAGGAGUGCUUGGGAAAGUUGUUGUCUGAUAUAUCUGAGGAACCUAUUGGUUGCUUGAUCUCAGAUGCUAUGUGUUACUUCACUCAAGGUGUUGCCAACAGCUUUCAGCUUCCAAGGAAUGUGCUGAGAACUGGUGGAGUAUCUUCCUUUGUUGCUUUUGCCACCUUUCCAUUUUUAAGAGAAAAAGGUUAUAUACCUAUACAAGACUCUAAACUGGAGGAGACAUUGGAAGAGUUACCACCACUCAGAGUGAAAGACUUACCUGUGAUUAACACGGAGGAGCCAGAGAAAUACUAUGAAUUAAUAUGCAGGUUUGUCAACGAGACCAAAGGCUCAUUAGGAGUGAUUUGGAACUCCUUUGAAGAGUUGGAAUCAUCUGCACUUGUAACACUGAGGCAAGAAUGUUCCAUCCCAAUGUUCCCAAUAGGUCCCUUUCACAAGUACUUUCCUACCUCCUCUUCAUCUAGCUGCAGCUUAAUAUCACAAGACCAAAGUUGCAUCUCAUGGCUAGACAAACACACACCCAACUCUGUUGUCUAUGUGAGUUUUGGGAGUGUUGCUGCAAUAACUGAGACACAGUUCUUGGAGAUAGCUUGGGGUUUAGCCAACAGCAAGCAUCCAUUUUUGUGGGUGGUUCGACCGGGACUGGUUCAUGGCUCAGAGUGGCUCGAACCCUUGCCAAGUGGGUUCGUGGAGAAUAUGGAAGGCAGAGGCCAUAUUGUGAAAUGGGCUCCACAACAAGAAGUGCUAGCACACCCAGCUACAGGUGCAUUUUGGACUCACAAUGGUUGGAAUUCAACGUUGGAGAGUAUUUGUGAAGGGGUUCCUAUGAUAUGCAUGCCAUGUUUCACUGACCAAAAGGUAAAUGCAAGGUACGUGAGUCAUGUUUGGAGGGUUGGCUUGCAAUUAGAGAACGGAAUGGAGAGAAGGGAAAUAGAGAGGACCAUUAGAAAAUUGAUGGAAGUUAAUGUUGAAGGGAAGGAGAUUAGAGAUAGAGCCUUCAAAUUGAAGGAAGAUGCAAAGCUUUGCCUCAAGCAAGGUGGUUCCUCUUGCUCUUCUUUGGAAGGCUUGGUUACUUAUAUUUUGUCAUUAGAAUCAAAUAUAAGGGUUUAG